AUGUCAACCAAAGAUAAACUAAACAUAAUCAUUGCUGGUCCCCCAGCGUCGGGGAAGGGCACACAAUGCGAGAUGAUCGUGGAGAAGUUCGGCGUUGUGCACAUCUCGACAGGCGACGCCCUGCGGGCAGAGGUUGCGAAGGGGUCAGAGCUGGGGCAGCAGGCGAAGGGCUUCAUGGAGAGCGGCGGGCUUGUACCGGACGAGCUGAUCAUCAACAUCGUGAAGGAGCGGCUGGCAGAGCCAGACUGUCAGGAGCGAGGCUGGCUGCUGGACGGCUUUCCGCGCACGGGAGUACAGGCAGAAGCGCUUGAGGCGGCAGGGAUCAGGCCGAGCCACUUCAUUCUGCUUGACGUACCGGACGACAUCCUGGUAGAGCGAUGCGUCGGGAGGAGGACGGACCCGGAGACGGGGAAGAUCUACCAUCUCAAGUACAAUCCUCCACCAGAGGACCCGGAAGUACAGGGCCGGCUUGUACAUCGUGCGGACGACACGGAGGAGGCGAUGCAGAAGAGGAUCGGGGCGUACCACGAGAACGUGCGAGCGAUCAUGCCUUUCUACUCGAAUCUGCACGUGAAGAUCGACGGGACACAAGAGAAGAAGGCGAUAGCAGGGAGCAUA